AUGGGAGAAACUCCGGCACGGCCUAGGUCGUCCCGCCUGGGCACCGCCGACCGGAAGCCAAACGGCAACGCGCGCAAGGGGCGCUAUGAAGUCGCGGGUCUGGACGCCGACGCGUUCGCGCGGCGCACGCAGUUCCUGCGUGAGACGUUCCGCGAUCCCAAGACACGGCAUGCCUACCAGUGGACCGGUAACGAGAAAAAGAUGCUGGCCCUCGAUUGGUUCCACAACCCCGGGCUCUACAACGAAUGGAAGCCUAGCGAAACUGAGGACAUGGCCAGCAGGCUGUACUCCAACCUCAUCUUCAACUACAGCCACCUCGCCAUGGUCAACAUCGGCACCACGGUGAUCGUCUGCCGGCUAAUAAACGAGUUCGUGGACAUCUACGGCAACUACCAGCUGAUGUUCAUGGUGGUGCGCACCGAGACCGGCGAGCUGGAGCCGCAGGACUCCCUGCGCGUCGGCCUCGUGUGGCGCGGAGAGCAGAGCUCGAAGACCAUCGAGGGCAAGGAGGCGCUGUUGUACAGCGCGCCCAAAAGCGAGGACUUCCAGUGUCUCACCGAGGGCAUCAGCUUCAACGCACACUCGUUUUCGUCGGACGAGUUCGGCUGCUUCGAGACGUGCGAGAAGUGCCAGAACCGCAAGGUGGAGCCGCGCACCAGGCUGUGCCUACCUGAGAUUUUCUUCAAGACGCACGUGGUCGGCCUGGAGUUAACCUGCGCCAUCGUCGACAGCCGGCGCAACUACCUCGCGACCGUGCAGAAGGUCGACGGCACUGUGCACAUCAUCGACAUCACGAAGGUGCUGCAGGUGACCCUUGAGGUCGUGCACAAGUGGAAAACAGUGCACGAGGAGUACGUGCGCAGCCUCAGGGAGCUGAAAAACAGGCUGGAAGGCGGCCCCGUUACCGGCGGAAACGCUGAGGGUGGCGAUGCGCCUGCACCGCCGGAGAAACCUCAUCGUGGCAGAGGCAACUCCGCCGCUGCGAGAGCGGCAAAGCACUGCACCGCCUGCCUCCUAGGCGACGAGCAGCUGAAGACGCUCGACGCGCUCCGCCAGCAGACGAUGGACUUCAAACUGCCGUCGGAUCCUAUCACCUGCGUCGGACUGGACGUCGCUACGGAAUCGCACAAGGGCGUCCCGUUCCGGCGCAUAUCGAACGAGACGUGCCUCACGUACAUCUAUUCGUCUAUCGAGAAUUUGAAAGUCGUAGUGCCCGUUUACGUCGCAGCCGUGGGCGGUAGCCGCAUCUGCGUCUGGCGCAUAGGUGACGUGAACGACGGCGGCACUCGUCAGCCGUUCAUGCAGCUGGAGUUCCCCGAGGGCUGCAGGCCAACAGACGUUACCGCCACUCUGGGAAUUGCGAGGGAUUACUUAAGCUUGGUCGGCGACAAGUUCGCUCACGAGCCGCUGAUCUACGCCACCGACGACUCCGGCUACCUCAGGUUGUGGACGCUGGGCGACAACAACUGCGACGCGUCGAUACAGGUGGACACCAACGCGCUGCUGUCAGUGGACGUUAACAAAAUGUACCCCAACAUGGUCGUCAUCGGGGUGGAGACGGGCAAGAUAAAGAUCUACAACGUGUGGAAGCAGUGCAUGGGCGUAACGGGCACGCCGCCGGAUAUCGACUUCGUGCGCAUGACCACGAUCCCCAGCUAUCUGCCAAACGACGUCUACGAGUACCUCAGGUGGUACCACCCGGUGGUGAAAGUGAAGUGGGUCAACGAUACGUUGGUCAUGGCGCAGUACGCGGAGCCGCUGUUCGCCCGGGAGUCCGCCAACGCCUCCACCGUGGCCAUCUGGAACAUGGCAAAGGACAUAUUCGAUCGCAACGACGCCAUCCUGUGCCACCGCACGUGGUCGCAAGAUCUAUCGUACUCGUGGCACCUCGCCGCGAGGCUGGUGUGCCUCUACGGAGGCCACUACGCCAGCCUCGGCGGCGUGGUCUCGUCGGACUGCAGGUGGUCGUCUGAGCACGGCCUCAUCGCAAUAAGCUCCGACGCCACCGGUCAGCUACACGUGUACAAGCCCGGAGUUUGGACGUGGGCCGACUACGACGACGCCCUGUGCCUGGCCAGGUUCAAGGGCGACGCAGACUUCCACUGCAAGAUUCUGGACAAGGUCACCAAGGAGCAUGAGAACCUCAUGAAGCGCAACGCCAGCGACGCGAUGGCGUCGGCCGACCUGCGGAAGAACCGCGCCAAGUUCAGCGACUUCAUGGAGGUGGCGCUGCGUGAGUUGGAGCUGAUACGCUCCGAGAAGGCGCUCAAAAACGACUUCUCGAGCCUGCCGAACUGGGCGAAGCGCACCCUCAAGCUCAACACGGACUGCGAGCGGCUGCUGAAGCAGAUCCAGAAGAAUCUGCGCGACCGCGAAAUCACCGAGCACAACACCUCCAGCAACCGGGUCCAGCGAUGA